AUGCCUCGCCGCCUGCCCUGGCAGACUCUAGCGAUCGCGCUUCCUCGCGCCGACGCCGAAAUCCUCCUCGACACCUUUAAGACCUUCAAGAUUGUCAAGAGCGACCUCUACAUGUGCAGCAUCUGCGCGAUCCCCACCCCGCAUGCAAUGCGGGCCCAGCUGCUGCGAUGUGCAUGCGCCUCUUGCGCUGAAGCUUCGCCAUGCCAGCCGUGCCCUUGGCGCGGACGCGUACGCACGUGCCAGGAGCUGAAGCUUGUCAACAUGGACGAGUUGUAUGCGCACGUGACGCCUCUCCGCUCCCCGCCCUCGGCGCCACGCCUAACGCCCGCAAUGAAGGAGGUUGCCCAAGACUGGGCGGCGCAGGGCCUCAAGCCGCUGCGGAUUUGGAACGGCCUAAUGCGGCGCUUGCGCGAGAUGCCGGCUUUGGCAUCAGUCCAGCGGCUCGUCCACCACCACGUGACCUCGCGUUUGGGUGGCAGCGACCUCCUUGGUGCUGUGCGAUUGAAGAUUCGAGCCGCUGGCUAUACUGGCCAAGAGGACGAGACGGCUGCAUUCACGUUUGCGUGGCGCAGCAACUCGGAGGGAAAGCCGGAGCGAGAAGAGCAGUACACGGAGGUUUUCUCGGUGCUGUGCCGCCUUUUCCAAUCGGUCACGGGCAAGACGUUGCGGGUUCGUUUCGCUAUGGGAGAUGCUGAUCUCGCGCAGUGGAACGCGCUACAGGCCGUUUUCGGUGUGAGUCAGGACUUCUGCUUCCUGUUGUGUUUUUUUCAUGUCGCCAAGAAGGUGUACGAAAAGACACGAGGUCUAGAUGGCAGUGUUGCAGUAAUGGUGAUGUCCCAUCGCCACGAGUUGCACUUCACGAGGAGCGAGGACGAGUACAACAAAAUGCUCAAGAAAAUAAAGGAGGAGUGGUCGAAGUGGACUCAACUGAGUCGGUUCAAGGCCUACCUUGAAAAGGCGUGGCUGAACGUAAGGGUGUGGAGGUGGCAAUGCUUUCACACGCCGAGCGGCUUUGCCACCACCAACAACCCCUGCGAGUCGUUCAAUGCCGCCAUCAAGCGCGACGUCACUUUGCGUCGGAAGCUGAAGGUUGGGGCGCUGGUGGAGCAGCUGAUGGUGCUGUGCACAAGUGAAAGUGUGCGCGCGCGCCAAUUCGCUGCGUCAACAACCUUUUCGGAGCGUCUGUGUCGCCGCGCUCGGGCAAUGACCCGCCAGGGGCUACUCUACGAGCAGCAGUACGAGCGCACCAGCAUUGCCUUCCUGCUGAGCGAUGCACCCUCCGAGCAGCAGAGCGACAGCAUGAACGUGGUCUCGAUCCCCUGCACCCGCAUCUUUGAUGUCCUGGACCGCCGCUCGAAAGAAGACCUUCCUGCGUCUGCUCAGCUAAACGUCGAGACUGCGAAGAUGGAGCACCGCGGAAUGCCAACAUGCGGUUGGGAAGUCAAUGUUGCCGCGCGCACGUGCCCGUGUCGUUUUUUCAUGAAGCACGGGGCCUGCAUCCAUCUCCUGUACUGCCUAAAUGCGGUUGGAAGCCUUGAUGUAAAGGGACGUGAGACUCUGUUCUACCGCGGAACCAACAAGCGCAAGCGCGCUGCGGCUGCUGAUGAAGCUGCUAGUCAGGCUGCUGGACGGCCUCGACACAAUGGGCAAGCGCUUUCAAUCGAGUGA